AUGCGCUUCAAGAGCCAGAUCAAAAAUGUGAAUCUACUCGCAAAAUUCUGCGCCUCGUUGGCCUCUCUGGGCCAGAUUGCCUGGUGCCGGCUUGACGACGAUGGGGUUCAGUUUACCAUCAUCCCCGACAAAGGGAGCCAAGUCUGGUCCGUCUUGAGGCCCGAGAUGAUCUUUGAGACAUACGUCCUCCAAUCUGCGUCACCAAAGAACACAAUCAACUUGGAAGUCCCCAUCCAAGCCCUUUCGCGAGCUCUCCGGUCGGCGCUUGGGGCGACUUCUACACAGAUCAGGCUGACCAAGAAGGACAACGUCCCCAUACUUUCGUUGACGAUUGUGACCAACUCCUUUAGCAGCGGCAACAAUGUCGUGGCCCGUCCUACAACAGUCAGGGGCCAAGGCGGUGCGGGAGAGUUCGACUUCGAUGAGGUCGAUGAUUUAUCGUUUCACGAACCCCAUAGUAGUGGCUCCGGUGAACGAGAGACGAUCAUCACUCAAGACAUCCCUGUCAAAGUCCUGGCGCCGACGGUGGUCGAGAGCCUCCAUCAACCCCGAACGCCGGAACCAGACGUGAACAUCUAUCUUCCUCCUCUGGUUCAGAUCAAGACAAUAUCCGAACGUUUCACACGAUUGGCACUCGCCACAACCAAGGGGUCUUCGAGCACCAGUCCUCGGCUGGAACUCAGUGCCAACAUGCAUGGCUCGCUCAAGGUCUCGAUCAAAACCGACGCUCUCAACAUCUCAAGUCGAUGGACGGGACUGGCCCAUCCCCAGCUUGAUCCGGAACAUUUUCCAGACUUGACAGAUCACCCCACGACCAGAAUGAAGGAGCUCGGUGGCCCGAACGGGGAGAAUGAGGCGGGGUGGUCCAGGGUUCGGAUCGAUGCCAAGGACUGGUCCAGGGUUCUCAGUGUCGGCCGAGUCUGUACCAAGGUUAUUGCAUGUUUCAUCAAUGAAGGGGCCUUGGUUCUAUAUGUGUACCUGCCGGCGGACGAAAGCGGCGACGAGGGAGAUCCCUGUCUCACGGUGAGUUGA